GAUGGUGGUGUGACGGCAUCGAAGCCUCCGGCCACCAAAAUUUACAUCGAGCUCGGCGCGACGCUUUUAACAUCUCCGAGCAAGAGCAAUUGCCUGCAACAACCAUUAUGCCAAAGCGCAAGAAUCAGUCGCCCGCGAACGGCAAGUCGAAAAAGAGAGCCAUCUCCGACGACGAGGCGCACAAGAACUUUGAUGAGGGUCUGUUCGAGAGCAAAAGGCUCGCCGGCUACACCAAAUACUACGCCGAAUCGCAACCCUAUAAGCAUGCUGUCAUCAACAAACUUGUCGACGAUUCGCUCCUCCGCAAAGUACGCGAAGAAAUCCGAGAGCACAUUUCCUUCACACCCAAGGAGACCGACAUUUACAAAAUCCACCAAUCUGGCGACCUAGCGAACCUCGAUGGCCUUGAUGACUCGGCGCUCAAGCGAUUACCUUCUUUACUCACGCUGCGCGACUCGCUGUACUCAUCGGCCUUCCGCAAAUACCUCUCCUCGAUUACAGGAUCUGGGCCAUUGAGUGGAAAGAAAACAGACAUGGCUGUCAAUGUAUAUACACCAGGAUGUCAUCUGCUUUGCCAUGACGAUGUCAUUGGUAGCCGGCGUGUAAGCUGGAUCCUGUAUUUGUUGGACCCGGACAAGACAUGGAAGCCAGAGUACGGAGGCGCAUUGCGACUGUACCCUACUGAGCACAAGACAACAUCCGAUGGCUCUGACGUUAAGAUUCCGUCACCUGAGUUCUCGCUCGUCAUACCCCCCGCCUGGAACCAGCUGUCCUUUUUCACUGUCCAGCCGGGAGAGAGCUUCCACGAUGUUGAGGAGGUUUACAGAAGGGGUGCGGACGAGAUGAAAGAGGACGACGGUGGCCGUGUACGCAUGGCGAUCAGUGGUUGGUUCCAUAUCCCGCAAGAGGGCGAAGAGGGAUUCGAGGAGGGCCUCGAGGAGAAGCUGGCCGAGAAGAGUUCACUUGCACAAUUGCAGGGUGGUAAGGCAGACGUCUUUGACGAACCACAAUCACAUUGGGUAGAGAACCCAGAUUGGGAGGAGCAAGCCAAGCAAGACGAUGAUGACGUUGAACUCACAGAGACUGAGAUUGACUUCCUCAUCAAAUACAUGAACCCUAACUAUCUCACACCUGACACAGUUGAAGAGGUCUCGGAGAUGUUCCAGAACGAGUCUUCCCUUCGACUUGCUGGGUUCUUGUCAGCCAAAUUUUCAGCACGCCUUCGCGAGUACCUCGAGUCCAAAGAUCAUGAGGCUAAACCGAGUCUGCCAUCGAACCCUACCAACAAGGAUGCAAAGGUCGGCAUUGCGCGCCCGCCACACAAGCAGCGUUACCUCUAUCGCCAGGCUAUCCAGCCCCGACCGGUAGAGGGCUACCCGGAGAACGCUGGCUUGACACCCUACGACGAGCUCAUUGACGGUCUCUUCCCGCACCCAGCAUUCUCAAAAUGGAUCUCCCUCGUCACAGGCGCUACGCUCACAAAGAGUAAUAUCAUUGCACGCCGAUUCCGUCGUGGCCUUGACUACACACUCGCAACUGCUUACGAAGAAGAGGAGCCUCAGCUAGAAGUCACUCUAGGUAUUACACCUUCCAAGGGAUGGGGUGACGAGGAAGAGGAAGAGGAGGAGGCUGAGGAGGAACCCAAGCAGAACGGUAGCUCGAGCAAGGGCAAGUCCAAAGGCAAGGGCAAGGGCAAGGGCAAGACCAACGGCAAGUCCGAGCCUAAGCAGAAGCAGGAGGAAGAGGAAGUUGGCGGCUACGAAAUGUACAUGGCUGGCGAAGAUGAGGACGAUGUGCCCGCUGGUGAGCCCUCGACUAGCACGGGAGCGGGCCAGAGACGCAAGGCGAAGGCUGAUCCUGCGAUCUACAAGAGCGCUGGUGACGACGAGGACGAUGGUAUCCUGUUCAGUCAGCCUGCUGCGUGGAAUAACCUUGCGAUAGUUCUCAGAGACAGGGGAGUAUUGAGGUUCACGAAGUACGUCAGUAAGAGUGCAAAGGGCGAUAAGUGGGAUGUUUGUGCCGAGUAUGGCGUGGAGUUUGGGGACGACGAUGAAGAGGAUGAUGAGUAGAGCAAAAGACGACUAGACGAAACGACUACAUUACGAG